AUCUAAGUAGUCUUUGAUCAUAGUGUACAUUUGACAGUAUUCAGAGAAAUAAAUUCAUUCUGUAUUCAACCACCAACCAACGAGGUUCAAUUACUACAUUUGGCGACUGCGGAUGCUGAUUAUUCAACCCACCAAAGACGGAGAAUAUCUACAGGAACAAGUCCCAGUGUACCACCAUUCGAUUUGGAAGGAGAAAACGAAACUGAAGCAGAUCAGGAAGCGGAAGUCGAACAGUAGCGGAUUCAGUGCAAGAUUCAGUAAGCGGAAAUUGAGCGGUCGAGAUUCGGGCAGCGUACAAGAUUCAGGAAAAGGCAUAGAGGUCCGGAUUCAGGAAGCAGAUUUGAAUUGGGCGGUAUCGUAAAAACAGGAAGAUUUGAAGAUGGCGUGGCCGAUGGUCAAUCCUCUCAUCCCACCAUUCGUAGAAGACGCUGAAGGAAGCGUAACCGUUCGCUGGGAGGAAUGGAAGAAGCAAUUUGACGCGUAUGUAAAUUGGAGAGGCAUUGAAGACCACGAAGCUAAAUUCAAAACCCUGGCGCUAUUCAGUGGACCGGAUAUACGGAGAAUUAUUGACCGGAUCGAUGUGGACGAAAAUCAUCCGAUUGAAAAUCGAUACCACCUGGCUAUUGAAGCACUGGACGGAUAUUUCAUUCCCCGAAUCUCCAUCGCGUUCGAGUUGCAGAAGUUCCGGCAAGCGUCUCCGUUACCAGGUGAGAACAUUGAAAGGUUUGUUUUUCGACUCCGGAAGCUUGCUGAAAACUGUGAACUUGGCGAUCAGACUGAAAAGCUGAUCGUUAACCAGAUCAUGUCGACCACGAAGGAUCUGAAACUGAAGGCCAAAAUUCUGAAGAGUGAUUUACCGUUGAAUCAAAUUAUCGCUGCAGCUCGUGCGCAUGAGUCGUUGCAGUCUCAGUUGGAUCAAUGCGGAACAAGCGGAACUCCUUGCCCGGCGGAAGAAAGCGUAUUGAAAGUCAACAAAAUGGACCAACAAUCGAAGGAAACGUUGAGGAAUUACAAGCAGAAACGGUGCCCCCGAUGUAACGGACGUCAUGCAUUCCGAAGCGACAACUGCCCUGCCAAAGAUCAGAAAUGUCACAUUUGUGGAAUAGUCGGACAUUUUGCCCGUUGCUGCCGUCAGGUUACGAAGGUUCGCAAUAAUGAUCGAAACUCUGCUGAAACCACCCAUUCCGACAGACCAAGCACCAGGAGGAAACAGUACAUUCGGGAAAUCAAACGCACGGAUGAUGAAGCUGAUGCAAUAGAUACAGAAGCGGAAACAUUCGAUCUUUUCCAUCUGGACUCGAAGAAACGAACAGCGAUUGUUUGUAUCGGUGGAACUACCAUGAAGCUCAUCAUUGACACUGGAGCAGAUGUCGACGUGCUGUGUGACCGCGAUUGGAAAACCCUAAAGGAAACCGGAUUUUCGGCGUUCAGCGUGAGAAAGGGCAGCAAGAAAUCAUUCCAGGCCUACGGAACCGGCAACAAUCUCAAGGUUCUUGGAGAAGUUGACACGGAAAUUACAUGGAAAGGGAACACCGCUGAAACAACAUUGUACGUUAUCGAGGGUGGAAAAUGUUUACUCAUGUCCGGAGAUACAGCUGAGAAAUUGGGAUUGCUGAAGUUCGUACAAGCUGUGGAUAAUGUGACCUUCCCUCACAUGAAAGGUAAUGUUUAA